UUGUUUAUUUACGUCAAACUUUUUGCUAGUGGCGUAUUUAUUUUCGUUUCGUUGCCAAUUAUUGAAGCCCUUUAGCGUCAUAACUAAUGCUACCAUUCAUAGUUUAGCAAACGCAAAUAAGGGUUUAAAAAACACGCUCGACGAAUAGUGUAAGAUUGACAAUGGCGAUGGAGUUGCAACCAUUUCUUCACGAAGUUCGAUACGACCAAACCUGGCUUGAACAAGUUCUCCUGCAACUGGGGGAUAUGUUUGAAAUCCGCAUAGUAUGGAACAGUGACACCGCAGUUUUGACAGGAGCAUUUGCGCUGGCCGGCGGGCUUGUGGGGGGCUAUGCGGGGGGCAGGAUGGGCGCCGCCCUUGGGGCUGGUAUUGGCAGUGCAGCGGGCCUUGGAGUCUCUACCUACGUAUCCUUGCGAGAAAUCUGGGCGUCAGUGAAACACCAGCUCAAAGAGAUCCUCUUCAUCAUCUUCAACUACCUGCGACGCUUGGACCCCGUGGACUACUACCACGCCUUCGAGCUUGUCCUGGCCUGUACGGCUAGUCGGAGGGAACUGGUGAUGACUAUAUUGGACUUCAUGGCUUCUAAGUUGGGGAAGGAGGUAUUGUCCAGUAUUACUGCAGCGUAG